CGCGGACGAGCUGUACAGCAGAGGAACAGUGAGUGACUGGAGGACAGCAGGCGCCGAUAAACCGGCACUUAUUUAAACCUAUUUAUUUUUUUAAAUUAUUUUAACAUUAAAUCAAUUGUUUGGAGAAUCAGGAUUGGCAAGAAAGCAGGGGAGAAUGGUUGUCCCUGAUGGCGGAAGUGUCAUACAGCCAGCGGAUAGCGGUGCAGAUGAGGUGAUGUCCAGUUCGGUGCCGGGAUUCGAUCAGAACCUCACUGGGGGGGAGUUAGAGGAGGUCCGUAAACUACAGGAGCUGGUGCGACGUCUGGAGGUUCAGAAUCAAGCCCUGCGCAACAGAGGCACCAAACUAGUGCUGCCGGGCGCCACCAACAGCACUCACACCGCCGGAAACAGCGUAAACCACCUCCACGCGGAGUCUUCCCUCCGAGCCGAGGAUUCGGGGAACUUUGAGAUGUCACCUCCAGCAGGCAGCAGCAGCGAGGAGACGUCUCCACUGCCCGAAGCCACCAGAUCGGAAGAGGAGCGGGACGGGUUCUUGAGUCUCCCCUGUGCUUUUGGCUGCAAACAAACACAGGAACAGUUUGCUACGAGUCCGUCUGCGGAUAGCUGUGAUUCAGAGAUGCUAGGAGAGAGUGACGCUGGUAUGGACCAGUCUGCUCUGGAUGAGGUGGACGUACUUGAUUUGGAGACGUGUGCAGAAGCCGAGGAUGAAGACAGCUGGUUGUACGUGUCACCGAAGAAGCAGGUGGCAGAACAGGGGCCUGAUUCGCCGCUGAAAUGGUGCAGGAAGGUUCUGGAUCACCCCAGUCCAGAGACUGAAGUCGCAUGUCGGACCCUAAUUGACCGACUAGACCAAACCUCCCGAUGGAAGAACGUGUACAGCAGUCCAUCCCAGACGACCGAGGCUGGCAUCUCGGCGGCCACCUCUGCUGGGUACCUCAAAUCAACUAACAAAACACUACUAACCUCUGGCAGCUCAGGGUACGUGGGCGUCCAAUCAACUCUCAGCUCUCAAUCCUCCAUAGACAGUGAAUUAAGCAACUCUGAUGACUCCAUCUCAAUGGGCUACAAGCUUCAGGACCUGACUGAUGUUCAGAUCAUGGCUCGUCUACAAGAAGAAAGUCUCCGGCAGGACUACGCCUCUACCUCAGCCUCACGUCGCAGCUCCUCGGCGUCUCUUCAGUCUCUGCGGCGCGGCACCUACAGCGAUCAGGAGUUUGACUCUUACAGUCUGGAGGACGAGGAGGAUGAAUGCUGUUCUCUGCCGCAGCGUCUCCAGCGCUACUCGCCCUCUCCCCGGAGCUCUCCUCGCUGCCUGUCUCCCAAUACGUUGGCUGAGUACAGUCGCCUGGCCGCCCCUCGUCCGCGCAUGUCCCGACGGUCCCUGCAGAGCCCAGGGGCCAGAAGUGAGGAGGAACUAAGGCACAGCAUGCCUAACCUGACCCCGCGCACCAGCCUGCGCUCUCUGGAGGCAGUAAGAAACAGCCGCAGCAUGGAGGCUAACUUACAGAGCUCAGGCAACCGCACGUCCCGUCUGCCCCACUCCCCCUCAGGUACAUCCUCCGCACGGUUGAGAGGUGAAGGCCAGUCUCCGCUCUCUCUGCGUGCACCCAUGAAAGCUCUGAGUCCCGUUGCCUCCAUGGCUGCAUCUCGACAACCUGUCAGAGGAACACCAAGUACCCAGGGAGGGUCCUAUUCGGGAAUGAGGAGGGUACAGUCCCCUGGUCCCUCUAACGGCGCAGGGUACUCGGGCUCUAGGAGCGCUGGCGUGGCCAGGCAAUCACCAGGCAGAGGCAUGGCACCGGCAUCUCCUUCCUCUAGAGGCAGAAUUCCACAGACAUCCAGAAGCAGAUCACUGGGAAUGACCAAACCCACUGCUCCCACUGAUGAUUCCUGGAGAGACGGUUGUUACUGAAGCCCUGAGAGUCACGUCUGUCUUCCUCACAGUGACAUUCAGUGUGGCACCACUGCCUCCAAAGACAUGUCAUCGUUACACAAUUGUGAGAGUGACAAUAGAAGAGGAGACCUCCAGAGACCGCAGCUGAUUUUGGAAUACGUUGCUUGUUUAUAACGCGUCAAUCUGCUUUAUUUUCCUGAGAGCUGGGGAAGCUGCUUGAAUAAUAAUAAGAGAAUUGUGUGAUGUCCUGUAAUAUGUUACUUUGUGUGAAACAAUGUGUGGAAUUUAAUUCCCAGACUCUGUGGAACAAUCUGACAUUGAUUUUGCAUGUUUACCAAGUUUUAGAAAUGAAGGAUAUAUGAUUUAUGUGUGGAAGUUUUUAAAGCUCUCAGUUUUUAAUUCGACGAGGGAGUAGCUGUAUUGUGGCAAGAAGGAAAUUCGUCCGUUUUGUAUUUUCUAGACACAACAGAGCAAUAUCCAUGUAUUCUCGGACCUCAAACAUGUGGAAGAAUGCAAAUAAAAACGAGGUCACGAUGUGCCAAGGUGCAUAACUACUGCAA